GAGAGAGAGAGAGAGAGAGACAAACAGGUGGUCUGGGAACACAGAACAAUGUCGUCCGGCGGAGCGACGCGUAAAGAGCCGCGCUCCUCGCUCCACUGACGGAAUAACGACGAGCAGACGACAACCCCCCCCCCCAUGCUCCUUCCUCCUGCCUCCUCACGGGCUUCUCCUCUUCCUCCUCCUCCUCCUCCACCACCUCCUCCGCCGCGGGUUUGACUCCGGAUCUCUGGGGCGCAGAGCCGGGACCGCGAGCCAUGAAAGUCACGGUGUGCUUCGGCCGGACGCGGGUGGUGGUGCCGUGCGGGGACGGCAACAUCAAGGUGCUCACGCUCAUCCAGCAGGCGGUCAUGCGGUACAAGAAGGCGAUCGCCAAGGAUGCCGGUUACUGGCUGCAGGUCCACCGGUUGGAACACGGGGACGGUGGAAUCCUGGACCUGGACGAUGUUCUCUGUGACGUGGCCGACGACAAAGACCGGUUGAUCGCUGUGUACGACGAGCAGGAGCCUCAUCAUGGAGGUGACGGCACCAGCGCCAGCUCCACAGGGACCCAGAGCCCCGACCUGUUCGCGGCCGACCUCAGCGCCGGCAGCGGAGCCUCGGCCUUCCAGCCGUACCAGGCGGCCAGCGAGAUCGAAGUGACGCCCUCCGCCCUGCGCACCAACAUGCCGCUCCACGUCCGGCGCAGCAGCGACCCGGCCCUGCUGACCAUCAACGGGCCGUUCGGCGGUGGCGAGGUGCGAGUCCAGACAGAAGACCCCCCCUCCAGGAAGAACCCGACCCGCUGGUCCACCACCGCCGGCUUCCUGAAGGUUCGACACGCCUCCGGCAGCAACAGCCUGGAGAGGAAGGGUAAAGUCACGGACACGUAUCGCAGUCUGCCGCGGGACGCAGGGACGUGGGCCAAUCAGAGGGAGUUCCAGAGGGAGACGGCCCGGUCGUCGCUCAGUGCCAAUCAUCCCAUGGUGGACCGCUGGUUAGAGAGACAGGAGCAGGAGGAGGACGCCACAGAAGAAGAAAACGGACGCAUCGACCCGGUUGGACGAGCCGACUCCUGCAUGGACCACGCCCCCGUGAGGUCACUCGAAGACAUAAUCAAACUGGUGGAGGUGUCAAACGACGGUGGGCCCCUGGGGAUCCACGUGGUGCCUUUCAGUGGCAGGGACCGCAGGACUCUUGGCUUGUUGGUCAAGCGUCUGGAGCGGGGGGGCAAGGCCGAGGAGCAGGGCCUCUUCCAGGAGAACGACUGCAUCGUCCGAAUCAAUAACGGAGACCUGAGAAACAUCCGAUUUGAACAAGCUCAGAACAUGUUCCGUCAGGCCAUGCGCUCUCCGCUCAUCAUGUUCCACGUGGUUCCGUCCUCCAUGAAGACCCACUACGAGCAGAUGUCCCUCACCGACAGGAACCCGGCCUACUCCUCGGGUCGCUUCAGCCCCGACUCCGUGAGCGGCAGCACCGUGUCCGGCAUCGAACACACGCCGCAGAGGAUGUCCCGACACGGCUCCCAAACGCACCCGCUCUCCCACCCGCACCAGCACCCCCACCCCCACGCUCACCCGGAACAGAGCGACGGCUACCCGCCGCUGACGCACCCGGCGGUGACCGCGGCCAAGCCUCCGACCGGACACGCCCACUCGCCACAGCGGGGGCUGAACGCCACGCCCACGGGGGGGUACGCCAAAAAGGUCGGGAGGAGGCUCAACAUCCAGCUGAAGAAAGGUCCCGAGGGACUCGGCUUCAGCAUCACGUCCCGGGACGUCCCCAUCGGCGGCUCGGCGCCCAUCUACGUGAAGAACAUCCUGCCUCGGGGGGCUGCCAUCCAAGAUGGCCGCCUCAAGGCAGGAGACAGGUUGCUGGAGGUGAAUGGAGUGGACCUGAAUGGGCGGACCCAGGAGGAGGUGGUGUCCCUGCUCAGGGCCACGCCCAUGGGGGGGGCCGUCGGGCUGCUGAUCCUCCGCCAGGAAGACACCUUCCUCCCGCGAGAAGUGAACGCCGAGCCCCAGAUGCAAAGCCCCAGAGAUUCGCUACCGAGGCAGCCGGUGAUAGCCGGGAAACCCCAUUGGCUGAUUGAGAAGACGGAGGAGGACGAGCUGGUCCUGACUCCAGACGGGACCAGGGAGUUCCUGACCUUCGAGAUCCCCCUCAGCGACUCGGGGUCAGCGGGUCUGGGCGUCAGCGUCAAAGGGAACCGCUCCAAGGAGAACCACGCCGACCUGGGGAUCUUCGUCAAAUCCAUCAUUAACGGAGGGGCCGCCUGUAAGGACGGGCGGCUUCGUGUGAACGACCAGUUGAUCGCGGUGAACAGUGAGUCGCUGCUCGCCAAAACCAACCAGGACGCGAUGGAGACGCUGCGCAAGUCCAUGUCCACGGAGGGAAACAAGCGAGGGAUGAUCCAGCUCAUCGUGGCCCGACGCGUGGCCAAGAGAAACGAGGAGACGGCCGGCAGCCCGUUGGGAUCCCAGCAGACCGUGAACACCUCCCUGGACGAGCACGAGCGCCGGAUCUCCCACUCGCUGUACGGUGGCCUGGAGGGACUCGACGACAACCUGGUGCCACGACAAGGAAUGAUGCCGCGCACGAUAGGUAACUACCAGCUCUCACCGACCGUCAACAUGCCGCAGAACGACACGGUGAUCAUCGAGGACGACCGGCCGCCGCUGCUCCCCCCCCACCUCUCCGACCAGUCGUCAUCCAGCUCCCAUGAUGACGUGGGCUCCACCCCCGACACCACGCCUCCGUGGGCCAAAGCGCCGCCGGCUCAGAACGACAGCUCCGUGGUUCCAGAUGAAGACAACCCAUCGUUCCAGAGGGAAGGCUUCGGGCGCCAGAGCAUGUCGGAGAAACGCACCAAACAGUUCGGAGACGCCGGGCAGCUGGACAUCAUCAAAACACGCAAGUCCAAGAGCAUGGAUCUAGUAGCAGACGAGAUUAACCUCACUCCUCGUCCCGACAUCUACACAGGCUCCACACGGGAUGUGGGCCCCUCGCUCGGCCUCAAGAAGUCCAGCUCUCUCGAGAGCCUGCAGACGGCUGUGGCCGAGGUCACGCUCAACGGCGACCUCCCCUUCCACAGGCCACGCCCCCGCAUCAUCCGGGGGCGUGGCUGCAACGAGAGCUUCAGGGCCGCCAUCGACAAGUCGUACGACCGACCGGCUCCGGCGGAGGAGGACGACGAGGGCAUGGAGACGCUGGAGGAGGACACGGAGGAGAGCUCACGCUCCGGUAGGGACUCCGUGUCCACCAUGGCCGACCAGACGCCGCUCUCCGGCUCAGAGAAGCCGCUGGUCAAUGGCACCAACCGCACCAGAGAGGAGAAGAAGAAGGACAAGGAGAAAGGAGGCAAGGAGAAGAAGAAGCAGCAGCAGCAGGAGGGAGGGAAGGAGAAGGACAGAGGAGACAAAGGAGACAAAGGAGACAGAGGAGACAGAGGAGACAGAGGAGACAAGGGAAAAGCCAAGAAGGGCAUGUUGAAGGGACUCGGAGAAAUGUUCAGGUUCGGGAAGCACAGGAAAGACGAGCGCCCGGGGGAGAAGCUGGAUCGUAAAGGCUCCAGCAAGUGGAGGUCGGAGGAGACGCAGGUUUCUGAGGAGGAGACGCUGAAGAUGAGGAUGGAGCAGGAGAGGAUCCAGGCCAAGACCAGGGAGCUGAGGGAGCGGCAGGCCCGGGAACGGGACUACGCCGAGAUCCUGGACGUGAGCCGCACGUCGGAGGAGGAGCACCCGUACGCCGGCAUCAACCCCCUGAACAGCUCGGUGGACAGCGGCCACAGCCGACCGCACAGCCCCCGGGACGACUACCCGCACAUCCACGCACACCACCAGCACCAGCACUCGGAUUCCCUCUACACCCCCGUCAGCAAGGCCCGCAGCGACCGGCCUCCCUCUGCAGACAGUAGCCGGUUAGCCCCCAGCAACCACGACCGGAUACAGAGGCUGCGGCAGGAGUUCCAGCAGGCCCAGGGCGUCCCGGAGGACCCGGAGGACCGCAGGAGGACCUACAGCUUCGAGCAGCAGUGGUCGAACGCCAGCAGCAGCAGCAACGGCCCGGCGGGGGGGUACAGCAGCCAGCCGGGGCGCCACUCGGUGUCGGUCGAGGUGCAGAUGCAGCGGCAGAGGCAGGAGGAGAGAGACUCGUUCGCCCAGGCACAGCGACAGUACAGCUCCCUUCCGAGGCAGCCCAGGAAAAACCCCAGCCUCAUCUCCCAGGACUCGUGGGACAAGGCCUACCCCCCCGGAGAGGGCUUCCAGUCGGCCAAGGACAACCCCAGGUACUCCAGCUACCAGGGCUCCAGGAACGGCUACCCGAGCGGCGUCGGAGUCAACGCCAGAGUCCUCCUGGAGGCGCAGGAGCUCCUGAGGCAGGAGCAGCGGCGCAGGGAGCAGGAGGCCAAAGGGAAGUUGAUGCAGGAGAACACCGGAACCGGCAGCUACGACCGAUACUCCACCGCUCACCUGAAGGACCCGGCCUCCCCCAAAGGUCCCUACCGCCAUGAUGUGCCUCCUUCACCUUCACAGCUAGCGAGGCUUAACAGAUUGGGGUCAGAGAAAGGACGUCUUUUUUAUUCAUGAGGAGUCUUGUUGGACUAAUGGACAAAGAGCAGAGCGGAGAACUUUUGGGCUCAGGAGCUGAAGAGGGUUCACGAUGAAGAACCUGAGAACAUGGACGCUAAGAAUCCUGACACAGGACAAACUGCAGGUCUCAGCUUGGCGAUGAUCUUAGAGGUAAACGGCUGUGAAGUGUGAGCGCAGUCUGUGGGGGUUUGUGUUCAAUCCCUUGCUGUGACAACGACCUAUAACCAGUAGCCGCCCACCCGACAGACUGGAGACACGCCCAGUGCCUUCUCUACAUUAACAGACACGAUGCUCGUUGCCACUCGUCCAGAUCUGGAGCCGUCACGUACUGACAAUCAAAUGGGCAACCAGGCAAGUGAGAGGUGGUUCCUCUGAGGUACAUGAGUCACCAUCCAGUGAGGGUUUCAUGCUUUUUUACAUGUGGACGACUCUCUCUCUCUCUUCCCCCCCCCUCCCUUUGUUCACUAACGUUGAAACUCGGUCGCUGCCGGUUUCUCCGUUCCAGCGUUUUCGCUCCUCAGCGAUCGGCCUCACUCACACGAGUCCUCCCAGGGGAGCAGUGGAAACUCAGUGUAUGAAAGAAGCAGGGCACAGUGUGUGUGUGUUAUUAAUAAAACUCCCCCCCCCCCCCCCUCCUGCUCCUCAUAAAUUAUUCAUAUCAUGUGUUAUCUCCGUGAGGGGCGACCGAAGCAGAGAGGGUGGCCAGCUCUGGUCCUCUGCCCGGCCUCCCUGCUCUGAUCUGGGCUUGACACACUGACCUUCCCUGCCUGUCUGGAGCUCUGGCUUCCGUCCUCCUCCUCAUCUUCCUCAUCCUCCUCUUCCUCCUCCUCCUCGUUCAUUACGCUCCUUUCUUCUACCGCUCUUCUCCCACCUUCCCUUCCACCGCUUCCCUUCCCCUGUACUCUUCCUCCUGCUACCCAGUACCACCACCACCCUCCUCCUCCUCCUCCUCCUCUUCCUCGUCUCCCGAGUCAGACUCUGCACUGAAUUUUUCAUCAGCAGCAACCUGCUGCCUGCCGGAGCCAGAGCGCUCUGCCACCAGAGGCACCGACAGAGGGCUUGGCUUCUGACAUGAAGAGAGGAACAAAAAGCAUUAGAGAAAGAAAAGAGCCAGAGUAGAGAUGGGUAGAGAGACAAUGUCCUUCCCAGUGUGAGAUUAGUGGGAGCUUUUCUCCUGGUUUUAACAAAAGGCAAAAUUGUCCUCAGGAUUUAAUUGCUUUCGAUUGCUGUAAUUGCUUUCUCUAUUUAUUCCUUCUUUACCUUUUCAAGCGUUUAGCCGACACUCUUCUCCUCAGUGAUUUGAAAAGAGGAGGUAGUGGUAGUGGCGCUCUCCGGCCGUUAAUGGAGGAACCGAGCGCUGAUGGUGUCUUACAGAGUCGGCUGAAGGAAAAAUUCAAUAGAGCAGAAUUUCUGGCUCUCGUAGCUCAUGCAGAUGGUUGUGGGUUUUUAUUCAUGCAGGUUUUGAGAUGCUUAUCUCUGGAGUUUACUGAUGUUCCUCCUGAUACAGUGGAGGCGGAUGGAGUUUUGUUUUUCUUUGCCCGCAGCAGAGAAAAGUCACACACAGAAAUAUUUUUACUGAAAACGUUAUCUUUAUAAAUAUGUGCACUAGUCACGAUCGGUCGGCCGGCUUGUCCAUAAGCUGGGUCCGAAUUCAGUGGCUGCAUUUGAAGACCAGUUGCAUCACAGCAGUGUAACUAGACAAUCUCAAUUCCAAGGCUCCAACUAAUGGUUCUUCCAUCGCUGAGGAACCGAUCCCACAGCCCCACGAUCACCACAGAGCAGAACCAGGAUCCAACUGGAGUCAAAGGUGCA